AUGGUGAAGAAGAUGAUGGAGGAGGGAGAUGACCGUUGGAGCCUUUCAGAGUUACGCACAAUCAUAGCCCUCUAUGCAACUCAAAGAACACACACCAUUGGUACCAAUCCAAUAACAGCUACAAUCUCUGCAAAGUUUCACCAUAGUCCAGCUUUUGUGUUCUUUGUUAUAGCUAAUGGAAUUGCCAGCGUUCAUAACAUGGUGGUCAUAGCAUUGGAUGUUUUAGGACCCCGGUCUGAUAACCAAGGACUUUAUCUUACACUGAUUGCAAUAUUUGACAUGAUGAUUAUGGCUCUUGCAUCAGCCGGGGAUGGUGCAGCAGCAUUCAUGUCAGAAUUGGGAAGGAAUGGUAAUUCACAUGCAAGGUGGGCCAAGAUAUGUCACAAAUUUGGAACCUACUGCAACAGAGGUGGUGGUGCCCUUAUUGCCUCUUUCAUUGGCAUCAUUCUCCUCCUCAUUAUCACAGUGAUGUCCAUCACUGUGAUAACAACGUAGUAUGUGAGCAGCAUUCUGCUCAAACUAAAUCGCAUUUAACAACGUAGUAUGUUUGCAUAUACGUUCAAGUUGGCCAAAAUCACAUUCACUCAAAUGACACAAGAUACAUGGAUUGAUCAAAAACACAUUCAAACAGUCUUUGAAUGUGAGCUGAGAGAUAUACAAGCACAUUCAAUUAUCAUGCAUGCAUCUAAUGUUCUGUGUUUUUUUUUUCUUUUGUUCAUCCUGCUUUCUGUAUUGGCCAGUUUGAGUGACAGGUUAUGAUGUAUGCAACUUAUGUCAAUUUAUUGCAUGUUUGGAUUUGCUUUGAGUUCAGUCAAAAUGGAUUUUUCAAUCCAAGAAAGUACUAUGUCAAAACUUACGUU